AUGGGGAAGAGCAAGAAGAGCAAGGUCCGCGGCGCCGGAGGGGACGACCUUCUGGACAGCAGCGACGCCGACAGCGUGGGCUCGUCGUCCACCGCGCUCUCAGAUCUCUCCAUCUCGUACGGCACCGAGAACGUCAACUCGCACGAGUUUGUUCUCGACAAGUACAUCGACGCUCUCUACGAGAAGAGGGGGUCUACAAGAGAAGCAGCGUUGGCUUCAUUGGUUGAUGCUUUCGAAAGUUUUAUGCUUGAUGGUCUUGUUGAGAACAAAUAUGCCACUCUACUGAGUCUAUUCAAUACUUCAAUCAAGAAGGGAUCUACCAAGGAGGCUUGCCUGGCAUCUCGCGCCAUUGGGUUACUGUCUAUUACGCUUGGUGCUGGGAGUAGCUCACAUGAAACAAUGGUAGAAUCACAUCCACAGCUCUCUAAGGUCCUUCAAACCUGGUCGGAUGCUUCAAAGAUGAUCUCUGCUCUUGAUUGCUUGGCCAUCAUCACAUUUGUUGGUGCAACUGAUCUGGCUGAAACAGAGCUAUCUUUGAAAGCCAUGUGGGAUGUGAUUCAUCCAAAAUCAGGUUCAAAUGUCGGUACUGUCCGGAAACCAAAGCCACCUGUGUUAGCAGCUGCUCUAUCUGCAUGGACAUUUCUGCUAACAACUAUUGGUUCAUGGCGGAUAAACACUGAUAGCUGGAAGGAGCCAAUCGCGUAUCUCUCUACUCUUCUAGGAGCAGAGGAUCGUGCUGUUCGGAUGGCUGCUGGUGAAGCAUUAGCUUUGUGCUUUGAGUUGAAUCUACUUGAUGUCUCCCCUUCUGAAGACGCUGGUGAUGACACUGGAGUACCUGGUAGCUCUAAGGGCAAACUUUUCCUGGAUAUGCAAGCAUUGAAAGCCAAGAUAGCUGGUCUUGCCUCGAAUCUCUCUGCGGAGGCAGGGGGGAAAGGUGCAGACAAGAAAAAUCUUUCUGACCAAAGAGACCUGUUUCAACGGAUUUUGGAUUUUGUCAAGUAUGGUGAGUGCCCUGAAGAAUCACUGAAGAUUGCUGGAAAACGAGAUGUUCUAAGGGUUGCAUCAUGGUCUGAAUUGAUUCAGUUGAACUUCUUCAAACGUUUCCUUGGGAGAGGCUUCCUGAAGCAUGUGCAGGACAAUGGACUUCUUCAAGAUAUCUUCAGUAUCAAGGCUGACAAAGCUGAAACUCUGUCAUCGAAUGAUAAGAAAAUCUUUAGAUCCGGAGAAGAGAAAGGAAGAGCUCUGAAGCUGAACAAGGAUCGUCGUUUAGCACAGUGUACACAUUUUUUAUAUCUAUCUUUGGAAGUUGAAAAUCAUACGUUUGUGCAUUUUCUUGACUUGAAAAUCAUCUGUAUGUUUGGAACAUGA